UUUUGAUGAUAUGAUAAGCAAUGUCUGUGGAAAAACCUGAUUGUUUGCAAAACAAAUUUGAAGUUCAGAAGAAGCUGUUGAUGAGCGCCGGUAUGGCAAAUAUGUCGGCCAGAGUCAGGGCGGCUAUGAUUUGCCCACUUCUGCCACAUUCUGAUCCUCAGUUGCAUCGAAUAUUAACAGAAAUUGCUGACGGAAUUCGUUAUACAUUUCAGACCAACAAUCGCCACACUUUUGCCAUAUCAGGUCCCGCGUGUCUGGCUUUUGAAACAGCGAUUAGCAAUCUUCUAGAACCGGGAUCUAAGAUAUUAGUAGUGGUUCAUGGGGUCGAUGGCGAACGUUUGGCCGAAACUUCCAAAAACUUGAAUUAUAAACUAAUUAGACUUAAUGUCCCCAAAGCGGGAGAAUUAGUUGAAUUGACUUUUAUCGAAAAUACAUUAACUCAAUACAAACCAAAGGUACUGUUCCUCUGUCACGGCGAUACCAGUUCGGGCACUCUUCAACCACUUCGAGGAAUCGGUGCGUUGUGUCAUAAAAAUGAUUGUCUAUUUAUGGUCGAUGUAAGUGCUACUUUAUGUUGUGCACCAAUAGCUAUGGAUCAAAUGAACAUCGAUGUCAUGAUAUCUGAUACUCAGUAUGCAUUAGGAUUGUCACCGGGACUGUCACUCAUGUCAUUUAACAGUCAAGCGGUUAAUGUGAUUGAAAAAAGAGAUAACAACAGAAUCUCUUAUUCAAUGAAUUUUAAUCGUUUAAUCCAAUCUUGGGGUCAAUCAGAAGACAGACAGUUUGUCUAUCACUAUACACCUUCUGUAUCAUUGCUUUAUGCACUUCGAGAAUCAUUAGCACAGGUAGUGGAAGAAGGCUUAGACAAAAUGAUUGCAAGACAUAUAAAGUUCAGUGUAAUCGCACAAAAAGAGUUCACUAAAAUAGGACUCAAGUUUGUGGUCGAAGAUGAAAACAAACGAUUGACAUCAGUUUUGGUCAUUCAAGUUCCCGAUCAAAUCAAGAGAGACGCCAUUAUUGAUUAUUUGUAUAAACACUAUGACAUUGUCAUCAGUGCCGGAGUACCACCAUUGGAUCAAGUCUGGAGAAUAGGCUUUUUUGGUCAAAACGCCAGUAGAAGUCCUGUAAAGAUCUUGACAACUGUUUUCAAAGAAGCAAUAGAUGUGGCGCUUAGAAACCCUAAGAACAAACCAUCUCUUUCUACGCCAUCAGUCCUUCAGUAAACCAAAUCAACUUAAAUAACUAAUCCUUAAACAAAAGUCUUAAUAAAUUAUUUUAU